AUGGAGGAAGGAGACUACAGAGAGAUGGAGGGAGAAAAGGGACGGGAAUGCUGGAGAGCGAGGCUGAGGAGAGAGGUGAAGUCGCUGAUGGAGGUGGGGUUGCCCACAGCUCUAACGGGACUGAUAUUCUACUCACGUUCGAUGGUGUCGAUGCUAUUCCUGGGGAACCUGGGAGACAUGGAACUGGCAGCAGGGUCUCUGGGGAUGGCAUUUGCAAACAUAACAGGGUACUCAGUGCUAUCGGGUCUAGCACUGGGAAUGGAACCGCUCUGUUCUCAAGCAUUCGGGGCAAAGCGUAAAAACCUCAUGUCAUUGACACUCCACCGUUGCAUAAUAUUCCUGUUACUCUGCUCCAUACCAAUAUCACUCCUCUGGCUCAACAUAUCAAACAUCCUCCUCUCCUUGCACCAAGACCCUCACAUCACCCGCAUGGCCCACACAUACCUCAUCUUCUCCCUUCCCGACCUUCUCACAAACUCAUUUCUCCACCCGCUCCGCAUUUACCUUCGCACACAGGGAAUCACCCACCCUGUAACCUUAGCAUCCCUCGCUGCCACCCUUCUUCAUUUACCCUUCAACUACCUCCUCGUUAAACACCUCCAUCUUGGCCUCGCCGGAGUCGCCGCCGCCUCCGCCGCUUCCAACCUCUCUAUCCUAUUUUUCCUUGUCUGUUUGACCACCUCGCAAUGGACCGCGCCCAGCCGAGAGUGUCUCUCCGGGUGGAAGCCACUGCUUCGGCUCGCCGCGCCGAGCUGCGUGUCUGUUUGCUUGGAAUGGUGGUGGUAUGAGAUCAUGAUCGUGUUUUGUGGGCUCCUCGUGGACCCCACCGCAGCCGUCGCUUCCAUGGGGAUCCUCAUCCAAACAACUUCGCUCCUUUACGUGUUCCCUUCAUCGCUCAGUUUCGCGGUUUCCACUCGAGUCGGGAACGAGCUCGGCGCGAAUCAGCCUUCUCGGGCUAAGUUAUCUGCUGUGGUGUCCGUGUUUUUCGCCGCGAUCAUGGGCUUCUCUGCCAUGAUUUUCGCCGUCGGGAUGAGACGACAAUGGGGCCGGAUGUUCACCGCCGACGAGGAUAUUCUGCGGCUGACGUCCGUGGCGUUGCCGAUCCUCGGGAUUUGCGAGAUCGGAAACUGCCCGCAGACGGUGGGUUGCGGCGUCGUUAGGGGCACGGCGAGGCCGAACAUGGCGGCAAAUGUCAACCUGGGCGCCUUCUAUCUGGUGGGGAUGCCCGUUGCGGUUGGGCUUGGGUUUUGGUUCGAAGUUGGGUUCUGUGGGCUCUGGCUGGGCCUGCUUUCGGCCCAGGUUUGUUGCGCGGGGCUGAUGUUGUAUGUUAUCGGGACUACUGAUUGGGAGUUUGAAGCCCAGCGGGCCCAGGUGCUGACGCUGGUCGAUUGCGCUUCGAGUAGGGAUGAUGGGAUGAUGGACGGUCAGAAACAGCCGUUGACCGGCGAUGUUUCUGUGACUUGCUCCUCUUGA